UCUAAACAUGCACACAGCCCCGGGCCUCCGCUGGGGCCAUGUUAGGACCUCUCUUGGCUGCGCUCCUCUCGCUGACCGCGUAUGUGGUGGGAGCGGUGUGGAGGGCGUUCUCAGCUGAGCGGGACAAGCCUUUGCCCGUGAGGCCCGGAGCCUCUGUCCGCGGGGCCAUGGCGGAGCUGAAGCGGCAGCUGAACAGGCGCUUCCUGGAGGCGCUGCAGGCGGACGAUGCACGGCAGGUGCAACAGAUCCUGGCCACGGGCAGACUGGACAUAGACACGGUCCUGGAGGUGGACGACCCCAAUAUGCUCCUGGCCUCCUACAAACAGGGGUAUUGGCUGCCAGGGUACAAGCUGGAGAAGUCUUGGGCCAUGGCUCUGCACGUGUGUGUGAUGUACAACUCUCUGGAGUGUGCUGUGCUCCUCAUACAGGAGGGGGCAGCGCUGAACCGGAUGCCAAAUGGGAAGACUCCUUUGCAUGUGGCGUGUGAGGUGUCCAACCCUGAAUGUGUGUCCCUGUUACUGGAGCACGGAGCUAAGGUGGAGGCUCUGUCCCUGAGCGGUCACACUGCCCUGCACUACUGCAUCACUGCCCAAUCUGUGCCCUGCGCCCACCACCUCCUCCUCCAUGGAGCCAAUGUGAACAUAGUGAGCAGUAACCAUGAUGAGGUGACACCCCUCCACACAGCAGCACGGUUUGGGAUUCCAGAGCUGGUGGGUCUGUACCUGCUCAAUGGGGCCCAAGUGGACACUGUGAACUCGGCCCUCGAGACACCCCUGAUGACCGCAGCCUUCUGGGCCUACGACCCCAGGGAGCAGAGGUACAGCCCUGAGCACCAGCUGGUCUGCAGACUGCUGCUGGACCACGGAGCAGACCCAAACGCUCAGGAGGAGGACCAUAAGACGGCUCUGCACAAAGCAGCAUGGAGCUGUGACGAGGUCCUUCUGCACAUGCUGCUGGAGGCCGGAGCCGACCCCAGAGCCAUGGAUAUAAAUGGCUGCUCACCUCUGCACUACCUGCUCAAAGUGUCCUCUGUCCGGCCCAGUGCUACGCCCGAGAGGUGCUUCCAAUUGUUGCUCAACUACAACACCGCCCGCAUCUACCCUCCACAGUUCCACAAGGUUCUGCAGGCGUGCCAUGAACAGCCGCGUGUCGUAGAGGUCAUGGCCAACUCCUACGAGCGACUAAAGCCCACCAAGAAAUGGAGGUCCUCCAUCCCAGACGAGUCCUACCAGCGCUACAGAGCGUUCUACGACUCUCUGUUCUCGGUGAGCUCUGGGCCCCCCCGCAGCCUCCUGCACCUGUCCCGCUGUGCCGUGAGGGCUGCCCUAGGAGGGAUGUGUCAGAGAGGGGUGGAGCUGUUGCCUCUGCCCCCUGCCAUCCAGAGAUACAUCCUGCUGGAGCCUGAGGGGGUCCUGUACUGAGAGAAACGGUGUCUCUGAGCUGACUGGGGGGUGAGGGACUUUAUAAAGCAUUACUCGUAUCACUUCAUUCAUAUUCAUUCAAUCCAUACUUGGUGGUGGUAAGAUACUAGUGAAGCCACAGCUGCCCUUGCGUAGACUGACAGAGACUGAGAUCAGGCAAGUACAGGCUUUGACAAGGACGUUUGGUCACUUUAAAGGCUACAAUCUGUGCAAAUAGCAACUCAAGUAACGAGUAUUGAUAAAGGAAUAUUAUUUAUCAAUUCUUGUGUCAUAACUCUCUUUUAAGAACUUACAUUAGCCCAAAUCGACUUUUAAAGCAUGUCACAUUGAGUAAGAUAAUAAUGAUGGAAACCAGACUUUUAUUUGAAUAGUUUGAUGCAUGUUUGAGUACUCCUGUCCUGUCCUGAAUUUGAGGCUUGACUGCUCAGAAAAUUCCAGUUUUCAGAUGCCUCCUUUCCCUGCCCACGUUUUUACUUGGAAUUUCGUGAAAAAUUCUAAUUCCAAGUCUGCUCCUUAGAACCCAAAUUUAAUUUUAAAUUGUAGUAUUGUGAUGUAAAUUAAUUACAUAUUUGUUUUGAUCUGGCUGGUUUUGGUGUAGUGCUGAUGUUUAUUUCAAUUUUAGACAUGGUGUAGUCUUAGUUUUGCGUGAAAAUGAUGGACUGACUCUUAAGGUGAAGAUACUUUGAAUAUUCUACAAAAUUUACUUUUUUGGACCUCUAACCAUAUUAUACUGUUGUCCUCUCAUCAAAAAUCAUCCCUGGAGUUGUAUUUUUCUUCUUCUUGCACACUUGUUUCAUUAAUCCAUUAAUCCAAAGUUGUUCUCUCCCCAUACUCCAUUCUCCAUACCCAUUUGCCAGUUUAUAAUUGCCAAAGAUAAAACACAUUUUUACACACAUUUUUGAGUCCAUAAAUGGCCUACUGUCAAACUAUAACUGUUACAUUGAAUGCAUGACUCUAUUAGCACAGUAUUCACGGAGGAUAAAGACUUCUCUUGUGCAUUUUGUCUUUGUUUUGACAGCAGAGGGAGCUCAAACACCUUGAUACAAGGGUCUCAAACCUCCACCCCCUUCCAAGUAACUUGGAAGGGGGUGGAGGGUGGGAUUUUUUAAUUAUACGUGUUGUGCUGAAUAACAAAAAAAUGAUGAAUUAAUGCCUAUUACCAUUGUAAAUGUUUAACUUUGUGCACUAAAAAUAAAUAAUGGUUAGUUUUUCAUAAGUAUCCAGCAGCACCCCAUCUAAGACUUGCUGUGGCUCUUAUAUUUAUUGUUUCUUAUGAUUGCUGAAAUUAGUAGUUCUCUGGCGUUUUUGUUUUGUAAAGGUAGCUCACUGGAGGAAAAAAAGGUUGGAGGAACUCUUUGGAACUGAUGGUGCAGUUUAUAAAGUGUGAAAUACUUUUUCCAAGGUGACCAAAACCCAGUUUAAAAGAGAAUUAAAGCCACCCAUGAAUAAUAUAUGUGUAUGUUUGAAAAUCACCAAUAUUGAUUCAUUCCUACUUGGAAUGGGUCCUACUAGAGAUAAAUUUGCAGUUUGUGUAUCAGGAGCAGGUCUAAAGUCCACACAUCAGGAGUGUCCAGUGCACAGGCAGGACGGACCUUUGUGC